GUCCAGUUGCAGUUACAGCUUUGGCAGGAUUAAAAAGGAGUGGGGAUAAAAUGGGUCCAGUAUGAAUGGUAACCUCGCCUACGCUACGUACUUGGACACAGAUUUCCAAAAGGGCUGGGAAGCCUUCAGACAUUCAAGGCAAGCCGCUGGCAGGUCCUUGUCGGAGAAAACCAUCUAAAUACUAGAAUCACGGAGUAAGGAUUCCUCUUUCCCUGCUUGCAGGUUUUGCCAAUGCAUUGCCCACUCCACUUCUCCCUUGAGGCCGUCGACUGGCAAUCGGGCUGAGGUUGUCCACACCUCGCAAUGGACUUGGACCCCUAUGCAAGCAUGCAGGUUGGAAUGCGCGUGGUCCGUGGCUUGGAUUGGAAAUGGGGCAACCAGGACAAUGGCGAAGGGAAUGUCGGGACAGUGGUAGAAAUUGGCCGGCAAGGCAGUCCAACGACGCCGGAUAAGACCGUGGUGGUGCAAUGGGACCAAGGGACCCGCACCAACUAUCGGACAGGAUUCCAAGGAGCAUAUGACCUUCUUUUGUAUGAUAAUGCACAAAUAGGCGUCCGGCACCCCAACAUCAUCUGUGAUUGUUGCAAGAAACACGGGAUCCGCGGCAUGCGCUGGAAGUGCAAGAUCUGCUUUGAUUACGACUUGUGCAUGCUGUGCUACAUGAACAAUAAACACGACCUCGCCCAUGCGUUCGAGCGCUACGAAACUGCCCACUCGCGACCAGUCACUGUGACCCCACGGCAGAACUUGCCGCGCAUCGUCUUAAAGGGAAUUUUUCAAGGAGCUAAGGUGGUCCGGGGCCCCGACUGGGAAUGGGGUAACCAAGAUGGGGGUGAGAACAAAACCGGGCGCGUCAUGGACAUUCGUGGCUGGGACGUGGAGACCGGGCGGAGCGUGGCCAGUGUCACGUGGGUUGAUGGCACCACAAACGUGUACCGAGUUGGGCACAAAGGAAAGGUGGACCUGAAGUGUAUUACAGAAGCAACUGGAGGUUUUUACUAUAAAGAGCAUCUUCCUAAAUUAGGUAAGCCAGCCGAGUUACAGAAGAAGGAAAGUACGGAGAGGCACCCGUUCCAGCAUGGAGACAAGGUGAAAUGCCUCCUGGACAUCGACAUUUUACGGGAGAUGCAAGAAGGACACGGCGGCUGGAACCCAAAAAUGGCGGAGUUCAUUGGGCAAACAGGAACUGUGCACAGAAUUACAGACAGAGGAGACGUCAGAGUCCAGUUCAACAGCGAUAUCCGCUGGACAUUCCAUCCGGGAGCCCUGACCAAGCUCAACACCUUUUGGGUUGAUGAUGUUGUCCGAGUAAUAGAUGACCUGGAAACCGUCAAGCAGUUGCAAGUGGGUCAUGGGGAAUGGACCGAUGAAAUGGCCGCUACCCUUGGGCACAUUGGCAAGGUGAUCAAAGUCUUUGGAGACGGGGACUUGCGGGUCUCUUUUGCAGGCCAGUCUUGGACCUUCAACCCUGCCUGCCUGACUGCCUACCAAAGGGAAGAGGAUGCUAACCUCAUGACGAUCGAGGAUGCAAAGGAAUCUAAAAGCACUUUGAUCUCUGUGCUGGGGAGGCUGCUGUCACAGAAAAUGGAAUUGGACAACCCGGGCCGCCUGGUCAUAGAGGCAGCCCACGGAAACUUCAGCAAGGUCCGGGAUCUCGUUCAGAAAUACCCUGACAAGGUUGAUAUAAAAAACCAGGGCAGGACAGCACUGCAGGUGGCCUCUUACCUGGGGCAGGUAGAAGUGGUGAAGGUCUUGCUGCAGACGCAUGCCAACAUCAACCUGCGGGACGAAGAAGGGGACACGGCCCUCCAUUACGCAGCUUUCGGAAACCAAGCCGAGGUUGCCCGCGUACUUGUCAGCAAAGGUGCCAAUCCAGACCUCUUGAACAAUGUCAAGUGCACGGCCUUGUACAUCGCGGUCAACAAAGGCUUCACAGAAGUUGUGCAGGCCUUGUGUGAAUACAACUGUGAUGUCAACCUGCCGGAUUCAUAUGGCGACACCCCCCUCCAUUACGCCAUCACCGCCGACUUCAAAUGCAUCAUUGAGGCGCUCACGGAAGUCCCUACAAUCGAUUUCACCAUCCCAAACCGGCAAGGUUUCAACCUGCUACACCAUUCAGCCCUGAAAGGGAACAAACUAGCUAUCAAGAAGAUCCUAGCAAGAGCCCGGCAGUUGGUGGAUGCCAAGAAGGAAGACGGCUUCACCGCGCUGCACCUGGCAGCCCUUAACAAUCAUAAAGAAGUGGCCGAGAUCUUGAUUAAAGAGGGCCGCUGCGACGUGAACCUCAAGAACAACCGCAACCAGACGCCCCUCCACUUAGCAGUCACGCAGGGCCACAUGGAGAUGGUGCAGCUACUGGUGAGCGAGAGGUGCGACGUCAACGCCGAAGACGAGGACGGCGACACAGCCAUGCACAUUGUCCUAGAGAGGCACAACCUGAUGUCCCUUAUGGCUGACGGGCAGUCAGAUGAUGAAGGAAGCCUCUUCGCUAAGCUCCGGGCUUCUGGUUUCCUUGGCAACCUCGAGUUGAACGUUGGGGCAGCCAUCGCAUGCUACUUGGCGCAAGAAGGGGCUGACAUCCACUACGCCAACCACAGGGGCAAGUCCCCCCUUGACCUCGUCUUGGACGGAAGCAUCGUUCAGCUGAUCAAGAACUUCUCCCAAAAAUUCAGGGACCAGCAAGACACCUUGGAGAGCUCCGCAGUGCCGUGCAGCCUGCGGCGAGUCCACACUACCCCCAACACCAUGACGAACCUCAGCGUGGCAAAGGUGGCCGCUCCCUCAGAGUGUCUGGUGUGCUCAGAGUUGGCGUUGCUGGUCCAUUUCUUCCCCUGCCAGCACAGCAUCGUGUGCGAAGAAUGCUCCAGGAGAAUGAAGAGAUGUAUCAAAUGCCAAGUGACGAUAACCAAGAAGGUCAAGCAAGAUAGUACAGAAGUGGAGCGUAGCCCCGGCUCGGAGUCCACGUCCCAGCAGAAGCUGAUGGAGGACCUCCAAAACCGUUACCGGCAGAUGGAAGAGCGCAUCACGUGCCCCAUCUGUAUUGACAACCAAAUCAAACUGGUCUUUCAGUGUGGGCACGGGUCUUGUCUGGAGUGCAGUGCCUCCUUGUCAGUUUGCCCAAUCUGCCGACAGACUGUCCGCGAACGGAUUCAGAUCUUCGUUUGAGGGCAGCUCUGUGGCUUCUCUGUCCUCACUCCCACCCCCCUUUUCAGAGAACUUUGAAUUUCAUUUUUAUUUUUCUGGAGAACCACAACUGGCCCAACGUGUUUAUAAUGAACUGUGAAAGCAGGAAAGGUGUGUGUUGUUCUUGCAGGGCAAAAAGAGCCACGUGCGCUACACAGCUUUUUUCCCCCUCUGGCUCUUUUCUUUUUUGACCACUAGAACAGCCCGAGACUCAGACUUGAUAAAACAAGAGCUGCCUGCAGAAUGCCUGUUAAGGCCAAAACAUGGGCUUUGGGGAGGGAGGUUCCAGUGUUUGGGCAGUGUUGAUUUCUUUUUUGCAGCCUUAUCCAGCUUCGGAAGGAAAGAAAUUACAUUGUGUUGGAAGACGGCAGAUGUCUUCCCAUUCCCUACGCAAGCGAUAUUCUUGCACUUUAAAAGGCGGGGUGUCAUCACGUUCUUCCCCUCUCGCAGAUGGGGGAGGCCAAGAAGAGACAUUCCUGCCCAAGCAAAUCCUUUUUGGAGGUUUUGAGAGUUGCUCUGAUGUUAUAAGCAGAGAUGGACAGAGGCGGCAUAUGUGUGUGUGCGCGGGUGGGGGUGCGUGUGUGCCUUCGAGGUAAAGUAGUGAAUGUUUCUUGGCAAAAAUAUAACACGGCAACAGAAAUGUUCUUCUUA